UCUGCAACAAUUUGAUCAUAUUCGCAAUGGAGAAACAAAAGAAGUUUCAUUUUUUGUUAAUGGUUCCAUUCUUCUUCUUGUUAGCUAACAGUGUUCUGGUUGAUGCCUAUGCUAUUAAGGAGACUGAAAUUGGAAAUCAUGUGCACUUAUCAAGAAAAAAUCCAAAUAAUGAAGUUAGAAUAAGAAGAUUAGGGAAGCAAUUAGUCAGGAAACUGGAGGCUGAAAUGGCGAAAUCAAGUACACCUGAUGAUGGUGGUGGUGGAACCUUAUCAAUGACAGUUUCUCUCACUAAUGGCCCAGUUGCAGCCGCUUAUCCCAUCCCAGACGAGAAGAUCGAUCCACCAGCACUACCUAACCAGUCAAAGUCAUGGCAUAUGCCACUGUGGGGAUGGAUCUUGAUAGGUUUCGCCAUUUUCGCAUUCUUCCUCGUCGUUACUUGGGUAGUCUGGUACUACUGCUCGCACCGUGCAGCAUCUCAAACAGCAGGAAACCAAAAUGGAAGCACGGAACUUGAUGAUAUAGAAUCUCUCAGCAGCAGUACCAUCGACAACAUCUACAGCAACAUCUUCAGAGUGCCAAACCCAGACGCUUCUGCCACUCCCCCACGCGAUCCAGCAAUUCUACCAAAUCGAGCAAGGCCAUGGCAAGCCAUCUUCUCAGUCAUCCUCUUAAUUGCUGGGGCAAUUUGGUACUAUUAUUCUCAUUGUGGAGACACAGAACCUGAUAAACCUUCGCAGUCAACUUGAUUCUAGAAGAUAGGCACUUAGGAAGCACUGACAACGGGAUCUAUUUGAAUAGGGAUAGGAAACUAGACUUCACUAGUGAGCUUCUUUGAAUCUGUUGUUAAGUUGUAUGUCUUCUUGAUCUUGGUCAUGUUUUAGCUAAAGUUGGUGAACUAAGCAUUAUUGUGUUGGGUAAUAAAGAGAUUGGAGGAGAAAUCGACGGGUUUUGAUGUUUCUGUAGAAAAGAGCUGCUCACUAGCCAGGUCUGAGGUUAAGUCACUACUUGUAGUAUACUAUGUGAAUAUGCAUGCCAAGUAGCUCGCUGCCUAUCUAAACUACAUGUACUGAGUCAUUGAUUUCCCACAUCUGUUGUUACCGUAUAAAAGUAAAGGGU